AUGAAGCUUCUUGGCUCUUUGGGUAAACUCGCGGCGGGCCUGCUGCUCCUCACGGCGCAGGCCUCGGCACUCACGUACAAGGGCUUCAGUCUUGGAGCCAACCGAGCUGAUGGAGCCUGCAAGUACACGGCGGACUGGAAGAAGGACUUCCAGACCAUCAAGAGUUGGAACAAGGGCUUCAACGCUGUCCGCCUUUACGCCUGCAGUGAUUGCAACACUCUUGGCAAGGCUGUUCCCGCUGCCAAGGCUACUGGCAUCAAGAUCCUUGUCGGCGUCUGGGCCACUGACGAUGCCCACUUUGGACGAGAGAAGGCUGCUCUUCUCAGUGCCAUCAAGGCUCACGGCACCGACUGGAUUGCUGCUAUCAGUGUCGGCUCUGAGGAUCUUUACCGAAAGGACAUUUCCCCUCAGAAGCUGGCCCAACAGAUCUACGACGUCCGUGGCAUGGUCAGACAGUUCAACAAGAACCUAAGGGUUGGCCACACUGAUACCUGGACUGCUUGGGUUGACGGCGCCAAUGACGUUGUCACCAAGGCCUGCGACAUUGCCAUCACCAACGGCUUCCCCUACUGGCAGGGAGUCAACAUCAAGGACGCCCUCCGACUCAAGACCUUCCAGAACUCGUACUGGGACGUCAAGCGCCGCGUCAACCAGGUCCAUCCCAAGAUCGAGAUCUGGGUGGGUGAGACUGGCUGGCCCACCAAGGGCGCCAACUACAAGGGUGCCGCCGCCACGACCGCCGCUCUGCAGAGCUACUACAACAACGUUGGUUGCUGGCUCUGGAAACAGACCAGCGCCAGCGCCUUCUGGUUCACGGCUUUCGAUUCGCCCACGGCCAGUCCCGAGGUUGAGAAGCACUUUGGUAUUGCUGACUCGAACCGCAAGCUGAAGUUUGGCUUGACUUGCUAA